UCACUUGUCUCUUCAGCAGCAGACUGUGUCGGAGUUUAGUCCAGUCUGAUCUGAAACCAUGGCCCAGGACAUGACUCUGCUGUGGGGCUCCGGCUCUCCCCCCUGCUGGAGGGUCAUGAUCGCUCUGGAGGAGAAGGAUCUGCAGGGCUACAACCAAAAACUGCUCUCCUUUGAGAAAAUGGAGCACAAGUCCCAAGAAGUGUUAGAUAUAAAUGCCAGAGGACAGCUUCCUUCUUUCAAACAUGGAGACAUCAUCGUGAAUGAAUCCUACGCAGCCUGUUUUUACCUGGAGAGUCAGUUUAAGUCUCAGGGGAACAAACUGAUCCCAGACGGCCCGGCAGAACAAGCGCUGAUGUACCAACGCAUGUUCGAGGGCCUCACAUUCUACGAAAAACUCAAUUUAGUCAUCUACUACGACUGGUUUGUCCCUGAAGGAGAGAGGCAUGACUCAGCUCUUAAGAGAAACAAAGAAGCUCUGGCCACUGAACUCAGCCUGUGGGAGGGUUACCUGCAGAAGCUGGGCUCGAACUCUUACCUGGCAGGACCAUCCUUCUCUCUGGCAGAUGUGACUGUUUUUCCAACUGUUGGUACUCUUUUCAGAUUUGGGUUGUCUGCUGAGCGUUACCCUAAACUGGGAGAGUAUUAUGCUCUGUUGAAGGAGCGGCCGAGCAUUAAAGCCAGCUGGCCUCCUCACUGGCUGGACAACCCAAAGGGACAAGACACACUCAAAGACAUCUGAGAUCCACACACAGUGGUCUGCAGUUUGGCAGGAGUCUUCCCGAGGUGAUGUACCAUCCACCAUCCUCUAAACGUCCUGAUUACAAAGUCACCUCAGGUACUGCAUCACUCAAGAGACAUUGAUGUUUCAUGUAUAAAACUUGCAAGUGUAACAUAUUCGUGGUUUGCAGAAACACACAAUGCUGUCAUUAUCUUCCGGCGACUGGGCUCCUUUUAUCACACACUACCUGUUGCAUAUUCUUGAUCUUUCUUCGAGUCUUUAGUCCUGGUACUGUUGACUUUGGGCUUCUACUGUUUUGCACCAUCAGCUGAUGAUUACAGAAGCAGUUUGUAUUUUAUGUGAAAGAGAUAAAUCAACUAUCAUGGGGCCGCCAAAUCAA